AUGGACAUGAACGAGUUCUCGUCCGGCAUAUUGCCGUACCCGGACCCGAAUCAAUUCGACUACGGCGCGUUCCUGGGCGGCGAUGGCGCCAUGCAGUUUCAGGACCUGACGGUGCUGCAGAACCAAGCGGCGCCUGGCCAGUCGCCCGGUCAAGCGACGCCGCCCAGCUCAGAGAGCAGGAGCCCGCCCAGCGGCGAGGUCGUCCGUCAUGCGGGCAUCUCCAGGCAGCGUUUGGAAAGGAGAGGUCACACUAAGAGUCGACGCGGCUGCUACAAUUGCAAGAGGCGGCGCAUCAAGUGCCAAGAAACGCAUCCGGCGUGCGGACACUGCGUCAAGACGGGCCUCAAGUGCGAGUACCCUGCGGCGCCGCAGAUAGUCCAUCAGCCUCAUCAACAAAUCCCGUUGUUUAGCUUGCAGGACAUGCGCUUCUUCCAGCACUUCCUGACGCAAUGCUAUCCGCACCAACCCCUGAAGCAGGAGGAAGUCUGGACACACGAUAUUCCCUGCAUAGCGCACAACCACGACUUUCUGAUGCACGCCAUUCUCGGCUUCGCCGCCUCGGAGCUCAUCCAGCAGGAUGCGACGCUCGCGACCGCCGCCAUGAACCACCGCAUCAAGGCCAUCAAGGCCAUAAAAAAGCGGCUGGCCGAGUCGUCGCAGAACGACACGGACCGCGAAGAGUCCAACGCGCUGGUGGCAACGUGCUUUGCGCUCACGUUCCAGUCAGUCAGCCUCGAGGACGGCCUGGCCGAGUUCAUGACGUUUAUCCGGGGCAUCGUCAUUGUCGGCAUGCAGAUGACGUUUCGCAAUAUUGCGCCCGUCUUUACAACGCUAUUUGACAAUGACCCAGACGACCUCUUGGCCGAUCAGAUGGAGGGCCUGCCGCUGAUUGAAAAGGCGUGGGUGGACAUGGCGGUCGAGGCGCUGACGGCGCUGAAGCCGCUGUGCGCGACGCAGCUGGAGGAGGAGUACCGCGGGCAGCUGCUGGGCAUUGCGGAAAAGCUCUACGAGGAUUCAUUCGAGGCAUACAAGACAAACUCAAAGCAGUACGGGUGGUGGAUGCUCCUCCCGCAUGACACGUUCCAGGAGCUCAUCAACAUGCAGAACCAGACCAUUGUGCUGCUGCACACGCACUGGAUCGCGCUCUCGCAAAUCAUGAGCUUUAUCACGGAGCAGGAGCGGAAUAUCCGCCAAAAGUACCCGUCGCAGCAGGAGAGCAAGAUGGAUCCGGGCUUCCUGCGGUGGCUCAAGUAUCUGAAUGCGCGCGUCGAUAUUGGGAAUCAGGUGUACAACCAGUGGCCGCUGUGGGUGGAGGAGCAGCUCGAUCGGGACCUGACAUUUUUCGGCCGUAGAGCUUGA